AUGGGAUUUUACAAACCUGGGGAAACCCGCACCGGCGGCGCUGGCAGCUCCAGCUCAACCGAUACAGCAGCUUCGGAUCGCUCAAGAAGUACCGCUCCUACCCUUCUGAGUGAGCGCGCUGUGUCGGGGGGCAAAUUUCACCAAUGGACAGACUACGAGUACUUGGAUGGGCCCCCGAUUCAGGUGUCUGUGGAAGAAAACGAGAGCGAGGAAGGUGAUGAGGCGGAAGCGGGCUAUUAUGACCAAUUCGAUGACGAUGAUGUCGAGGAUGUUGAUGAACAUGACGAGGAUUUCCAGUCCCAUCAAUCUGUCUCUACCUAUGCCUCAACGACCAACUCUAAGAAUCACGAUAUUCCCGAGGAGCCUGUGUUCGAGGUGGGGAACAGAGAUGAACGAUUUCCAUCGGAUGCCUUGGCUUCGACGCCUUCCUCUUUCGGCAAUCUUUUCCCAUCAACGCGUCGCUUGCUGAUCCGUCAUGACGAUGCUACCAUUGACGGCAACAUGAAUCUGCGUGUCGACACGGUCGUGCCAUGUCGCGACGGUUAUCAGCAAGAUGUCAUUCUUUUCCACCUGCGCAUGUACGAUUUGUUUUCUCGCAAAUUUUCCUUCCGUCGAUACUGCCGUGACUCCGGGCGCGAAGUCUGUCACUCAACACGUAAAGAGUUGCAGUCGUCGCAUGAUCGACGACCGGUCUUUCGUCGAUCCUUGAGUAGCAUGUUUGCGAGCCUGCGGCCGGGUUCAAGUCACAGCGGUCAUCACCACGGAUCCGCCCAGAGCAACGGUUCUUCCAAGCGACGCGACUCCGGGUAUGGAUCGGGUAUGAAGCACGAUGCGAAAGCUCAUGCUGGCGACUCCACCACGACCGAUCCCUCUUCAUUCCCGACUCCGACCUCCUCUUCCUCUUCAUCUCACCCCCAAGAUAAAAAUCUCACCGACACGAUCUUGUUGGAAUUCUCCAAUUACGCUCAUGUCGAGGUGAAGCGCCGUGGUGGGACCGGCGCUUACCGCUACGAGUACGAGUACUGGAGUACGCGGUACCAGUGGCGCUGCGAAUGCCGUCGAGAGGGAGACUUGCGCGAGUUCUCUUAUCAUCUGGUCGACAUGAAAACAUCCAAAACGAUCGCACAUCUGAUGCCGGACAUCUUGACACCUUUAGAGGCCAUUGAGGAGGAGAGUAAGGGAGGCUGGGUGCCGCCUUCCAGUCUCUGGAUCAGCGACCCCACCGUGUACGAACGGAUGCCCGAUAUUGCAGAUGUCAUCGUUGCAACGGGCCUCACCACGCUUGUGGACGAUUGUAUUCGACGACGCUGGCAUCGAGAGCGCCGUGGCUCGGCCAUCUCUUCCACCGGUGCCGCACUUUCACGAAGUUUGGAACGGAUGGGGCCACGUCGCCUGAUCGGUGAAGUCCUUCAUCGGCGAGGUUCCGCAUAG